AUGGAACACAAGCUAAAGCUUCGCAGGGAUAAUGAAGGAGAGUUGGUGAAUCCCACUGAAUACAGGAGCAUCGUUGGAGGACUCAGGUAUCUAACCGAUACCCGUCCAGAUAUAUCGUUUUUAGUUGGAGUAGUAAGCCGCUACAUGGAAAGGCCAACUACAAAACACCUUCAAGCUGUUAAGGGAAUACUCAUGUAUGUGAAAGGCACCCUUGACUAUGGUCUGAAGUACUCAAGAGGAAGAAAAGAAGUUGUGAUUGCUGGAUACACUGACAGUGAUCAAGGGAAUGAUGUGAAUGAUAGGAGAAGUACAGGUGGAAUAGCUUUUUAUGUGAAUGAAAAUUUGAUUACGUGGGCCUCACAAAAACAGAGAUGUGAGGCCUUAUCUUCCUGUGAAGCAGAGUUUAUGGCAGCCACUCUAGCAGCUUGCCAAGGAAUAUGGCUUAGAAGACUCCUCAGGGAAAUAACAGGGCAAACUGUGCCACCUAUAACUCUGCUGGUUGAUAAUCGUUCAUCACUUGACCUCAUGAAGAAUCCAGUCUUUCAUGGAAGGAGCAAGCACAUAGAUAUAAGAUUCCAUUUUAUUUGUGAAUGCAUAGAAAAUGGGGAGAUAACAGUGAGUCAUGUAAGCAGCAAAGAGCAGAAGGCUGACAUACUCACCAAGACACUGGGAAGAAUUAAACAUGAAGAAAUACGGAAUCUUAUUGGAGUCAAGAAGUUUUAA